AUGGCCUCCUUCUGUAGUCUUGCAGCAGUUUGUGAGGACCUGCCGAAGCAAGCCUUUGGGUUUGGCAAAAUUUCCUCCUCGGAGGAGUAUGCUAGCUCGUGUGUGAUAGGAAGGGGUUCCCAGUCGGAGUCUGAUUCUUCGGGGUUCAAGACCCCGAUGAUUCGGCGUUACCCGAACGCUAACUCUUCCAUCCUGCCGCCGGCCAAGGUCAAGGUCGUGGCGCCCAAGCUCUCCCCCGGGCUGCAGCGCACCAUGGAGGACCUCGCCGUCGACAAGAUCGUCAACAACGGCGUCGGGCUCGUCGACCCCCAGAGCGCCCACGAGCUCUACGAGGGACUGCACUCCCACCUCAAGGCCUCCGGCAUCGACGGCGUCAAGGUUGACGUCAUUCACUUGCUGGAGAUGCUGUGCGAGGAGUACGGUGGGCGCGUGGAGCUGGCCAAGGCCUAUUUCAGCGGUCUGACGGCGUCGGUGCGCCGCCACUUCGGCGGCAACGGCGUGAUCGCGAGCAUGGAGCACUGCAACGACUUCAUGCUGCUGGGCACGGAGGCGGUGGCGCUGGGCCGCGUCGGUGACGACUUCUGGUGCACGGACCCCUCCGGCGACCCCAACGGCACCUUCUGGUUGCAGGGCUGCCACAUGGUUCACUGCGCCUACAACUCGCUCUGGAUGGGACACUUCAUCCACCCGGACUGGGACAUGUUCCAGUCCACGCACCCCUGCGCCUCCUUCCACGCCGCCUCCCGCGCCGUCUCCGGCGGGCCCGUCUACGUCAGCGACGCCGUGGGCCAGCACAACUUCGCGCUGCUCCGCCGCCUGGCGCUCCCCGACGGCACCAUCCUCCGGUGCGAGGGCUACGCGCUGCCCACACGCGACUGCCUCUUCAGGGACCCGCUCCACGAUGGCCGGACCAUGCUCAAGAUCUGGAACGUCAACAGGUUCGCCGGCGUCGUCGGCGUGUUCAACUGCCAGGGCGGCGGGUGGAGCCCCGAGGCGCGGCGGAACAAGUGCGCCUCGGAGUCCUCCGUGCCCGUCACGGCGCGCGCCUCGCCGGCGGACGUCGAGUGGAAAAGCGGGACGAGCCCGGGCGUCAACGUGAAGGGCGUCUCCCAGUUCGCCGUGUACAAGGUCGAGGCCAAGAAGCUGCAGCUCCUGCGCCCCGACGAGGGCGUGGAGCUCACGCUCGAACCCUUCACCCACGAGCUCCUCGUCGUCGCCCCCGUGCGCGUCAUCUCGCCCGAGCGGGCAAUCAAGUUCGCGCCCAUCGGGCUCGCCAACAUGCUCAACACAGGCGGUGCCGUGCAGGCCUUCGAGACCGAGAAAGGGGCGGCCGGCGCCGUGACGGUAGAGGUGGCCGUGAAGGGCGCGGGGGAGAUGGUGGCGUACUCGUCGGCGAGCCCCAAGUCCUGCAUGGUGAACGGUGAGGAGGUCGAGUUCGCGUACAAGGAUGGCAUGGUCAUCGUCGACGUGCCGUGGUCGGGGUCAUCCUCUAAUUUGUGUCGCGUCGAGUAUGUCUACUGAGUCGGACACGGACGGCUCCUGCCUCGGCACUAUUUGCUUAGGCUGCAAUAAUCAAGUGUGAAGAGUUUAAUUAGCAAGUUAUACAGCUCUAAUGAUGCCAAUUUGUUUUCCUUUUUUGUAAGGAAUUUAUAAUGUGAAUUAAUGGAGUGCUUUCUUCUGAA